AACUUCGCCGCACUGUAAAUAAAAACAUGUGCCAUUAUUCGAUUAAAUUGCUAUGUCGAGUUGAGUUGAUAUGUUUGGAUUUUAAGCCCUUCAGUUAUAGGUUUAAGCAACAUUGAAGUCUUGAAGUAAAAUCACAUGUGAAUAUUUUAUUUUAUUGACAUCAAAUUGUGAAGUAAGACUGUUUCAGCAAUGGGCGCCAAAGAAGAUCCACCUUUGCCUGAUUUCUACCUAUCUCCUGGCGUUGGUGUGUCCUGUCUACAUUUUAUUCAAGGGAUUCUUAAUCAAGAUUGGUUGCUAGCUGGACUAGUGAGUGGGGAUAUUCUAGUGUACAAUUGUACAACAUGGAAACUUGUACACGCCACUCAAGUUUUCCUUCAAGGAGUAUUAUGGAUAGGAUCAAGUGAAGGGAUUAUUGUCUGUCAGGGUAGGUUCGAGAGUCUCAAGGUUCUAGAGAUAACUCAGAAACAAGAGGAAGAUGUUCAUGAUGCUAUCAAUAGUCCUGAUGGAGUGAAGAGAAUUUGUUUGAAAGAAAAAGCAGUGUUUUGUAUUGCUCACGAAGGAUUUUGCAAAGGUUUCCUAGAUUUAGCAAAGGAUUUUCUUAUAUUCGCUCCAUCAAGCUGUAGCAGCAUUUUAGUCAGCAAACUUAAGGACACAUUUAUCAGACCUGUUUCAACUCUCCGAGCUGAAGUAGUAUUUCCUGAAGCCAAGUUUGGAGCUCUCACUGCAUUUAGUAAACUAAGGUACAGUUCUUAUAAGAACAAAGUUCAGAUUAAAUAGUAUUAAUUCAUUUUU